AUAGACUCGUAUCGCGGGCGCGCUUGUCCAAGAAGCACAAAGAAACGCUUCUCGCGUCGUGUUAUCAGACAACAGUCGGUUAGCAGAGCAUCCUGCCACACCUCCGGAUCUCACGUAUUUACAUCCACCAUCGGAAAGUGCACGAGCGUAAACAACAACGGUGACUGACGGGGAAAAUGCAUGGCAAGCGAAAUAGUGUUGCGAACGGUUAGGGAAGCGUACUUACCUCGGUGCUGGUAGUGGAUGGUGCAAUGAUGCUGUAAGGUCUCCAGAACUGUCAGCGGGGGAAGCGGAAACUAUAACCCCCCUGGGAAAUUGUUAUACAUCUGUGGUACGCCAUCGAUGUGGUGCGGUCUGGCCUUGGGGUGUCACCAACUUGGUGUCUAGUGAGGAAAGCAUCUGGCACCGUUGACUCAGAACGCGAACCACGUACGAUCGACGGCCCAGUCUGGUUUCGUCUUCGGCAGCAGCAAGGCACGCGACAUCCAGCAGCAAUUGCAAUCUGAGCGAAACGAAAAGCACCGGAAGAAGCAGCGCAAGCGGUGGAGUAAUUAAUGCCAGGUUGGGAAAUUAAACGCAUCCAAGCAUCCAAGAGUGAUUUAGUGGCGAAGGUGAAGUGGCAAUCAAAGUGGCUUUAGUUAUCCGGUUGGAGUUGCUUGGAAAAGUGCAUUACCUUGACAACCUCAUACACGAAUCAUCGCGCAUCCUUUAAUUUGCUUCGCCAGUGGCUGGUCUACGUAGAGACAUACGCCUUUAGAAACUCUUAAUUUAACUUAGUUCAAACCUGUGAUCACUGAGAACACAACUGAAACCCGUCAUAACAAAUUUGAAAAAGAAAUUAUUCUGCAGACAGCGAUCCGCACACCAUGAGCAACGAAAUGUCCUGCAAGGGCAGCCCGACGUCUAGUGCUAGCGCCCGCAUCAGCCUCGUAACGGAUGAGAGCCACUUCAGCCUGGCCAGCCUGAACUCGUCCGUCAGCCAGGACGAGUACUUCCGGUGUCGCGAUCACUCCGAUCUGGUUCUGAAGCGUAUGCAAGACUACCUCCAGAGUGAGAAGCUUUGUGAUGUGGUGCUGAUCGCUGGCGUCGAUGGCCGAAGGAUACCAGCCCAUCGCCUUGUUUUGUCCGCCUCGUCGGCCUACUUCAGUGCCAUGUUCACUGGCCAGUUGCGUGAAAGCCAGCAGGAAGAAAUCACAUUGCAAGAGGUGGGCGGGGACGCACUGCAAUCGCUCAUACAGUAUUGCUACACGGGCGCGAUCGAGAUCCGGGAGGACACGGUUGAAACACUGCUAGCGACGGCCUGCCUGUUGCAACUCGGCACGAUUGUGACGGCAUGCUGUAACUUUCUCGCCCGCCAGCUGCACCCGUCCAACUGUCUCGGGUUUUCGCUGUUCGCCGAGCAGCAAGGCUGCACCGCGCUCCUGAAGCUCGCCACGGCCUACACCUGCCAGCACUUUCAGCAGGUGUGGAAAAACCAGGAGUUUUUCAUGCUCGACGCGGCCCAGCUGGCCAACCUGCUGCGCAGUGACGAUCUGAAUGUGCCGAACGAGGAGGAGGUGUUCCACGCCCUGAUGGCCUGGAUACAGUACGACCCAGAGGCCCGCAAGCGCCACAUUCCGGAGCUGCUGGCACUGGUUAAGCUACCACUGUUGCAACCUUCGUUCAUAGUGGACCACGUGGAGGCUCUCUGCGGAGGAGCGAACGAGUGCCAGCAGCUGGUGAUGGAAGCGUUCAAGUGGCAUCUUAUCCCUGGACGUCGUUCACUGAUCGCGACGUCACGCACCCGUCCCCGAAAGUCCACCAUGGGUCGGCUGCUGGCCGUCGGGGGCAUGGACGGGCACAAGGGUGCGAUCAGCAUCGAGAGCUACGAUCCGCGUCUAGACAAGUGGACACUGCUUAAAAACAUGCCAACCCGCCGGCUACAGUUCGGGGUGGCCGUCCUGGACGACAAGUUGAUCAUCGUUGGUGGGCGCGACGGUCUCAAGACACUCAACACAGUCGAGAGCUUCGAUCUCAAUACGAUGAACUGGUUCACGCUGGUGCCUCCCAUGGGAACGCCCCGGCAUGGGCUCGGUGUGGCGUUCCUGGAAGGUCCCUUGUACGCCGUCGGUGGACACGACGGUUGGAGCUACCUGAACACGGUCGAACGAUGGGAUCCGUUGGCGCGCACCUGGAGCUACGUGGCGCCCAUGUCGGCCAUGCGCUCCACUGCGGGCGUCGCCGUGCUGGGCAAUCGGUUGUACGUGAUCGGUGGUCGUGAUGGAAGCGUUUGCCAUCGGACGGUUGAGUGCUACGAUCCGCACACCAACAAGUGGACACUUCGGGCUCCAAUGAACCGGCGCCGUGGAGGUGUCGGAGUUGGCGUGCUGAACGGAUUCCUGUAUGCCCUCGGAGGGCACGACUGCCCGGCAAGCAAUCCGGCAGUCUGCCGGACGGAAACGGUCGAGCGAUACGAUCCUACCACCGACACCUGGACACUGAUUGCGUCGCUAAGUGUUGGCCGAGAUGCGAUCGGAGUCAGUGUGCUCGGCGACUGGUUGAUUGCCGUCGGCGGGUACGAUGGCAAUCAGUACCUGAAAAUCGUCGAGCAGUACGACGCGGAGACGAACGAGUGGACCCAAAUAUCACCGGUCAACUACAGCCGCGCCGGUGCGUGCGUCGUCGCUAUCCCGAACAGCGCCACGGGAGUGGUGCCAAGCGCCCAAGCCGGCACCACUAUCGCCCCUGGAGUCAAUCCAGCAUCGCCAAGCAAUGCCGUUGCAUCUACCUCUUCGCCGUCCACGUCCACCACGGUGGCCAACAAUAGCACCACGGGAUGGCGCGGUAGCACCAGUGCCAGCAAUUACUACUACCGCAGACACUUCCGCAUUUGUGAUUAUUACGUGUAAAAGUGGAAAGACGUGAUCAUCGUUCAUUUGGUCUUUUUUUUUACACAUUAGGAUAGCGGUACCUUACGCGUGCAAGUAGGGAGACAGCUUGGUGCUAAGAGAAGAGAUUUCAGAUUCCGAGAUUGAGAUGUUUGUAUUGAGGAGAAAGUGGAACAGAGGUGAGCCACACGUAAGCCUUUAAUGAUCAUUCUUGUUUUUUUUUUGUUCACGGAAAAGAUCGGAGACUCGAGCAUUCGAUUUGAUUGGUCGGUAACGUUCGGUAAGCUGUGAUUUUAGUUCGAUUCUACCGAGAACAGUAGCUUUUGAGAUUGAUCGAAAAAAGAGUAGGCGGAAGAGCAGUAACAUCACCCUGGACAGCCUUAUGAUUUGCAGAUGCAGAGAGUUGAAAUGGAUGCCAAAGAGAAGACGUGAUGUUUUGAUUCAUUAGCCAAAACCUAACCGUACACCUCCGCCUGCCUUCCUACCCAGUGAGCGUAAGAUGUAGAGAGAAGAGGAAACAUGCACGAAAAAUUUGCGAAAGGACUGAUCCUGGUAAAACUUAAGUGCUGAAAGAUAGGCUUGGAACGGAAAGGGGUAGCAAAAAUGAUCAUUAAGUGGGAUGAGUUUUUCCUUCCUCUCGUAUUAAAUGCAAUUCAAUCAAAUAUAUAAAUCAAACAAACAAAACAUAGCAUAUAAGGAAACGAGUGAACAGAUGGAAAUAUAAUAAAUCAACACUUGUAUAGUGGAUACAAUUUU